CCACCCAAGGUUGCGGCCCAACAGGAUCUCCUGGUUGAGCAGCUGAAGCGGAUUGCGAUCAAUGCCGAUGCCAUCAACAAGGCCGGCGGCUCGCUGCCGCCCGAGGUCGACGCCUUUAUGCUCGGCGGCCUUUUUUCCACUCUGACCAACGUCAACUUUGACUCAUCCCGCUUUGCCGACUACAUCAAGCACGCCGGUGAUCUGCACGAAAUGACUCAAAACGUGGCGCUGGCAGCUGGCGCAACCGGAACGACCAAGGCUGUCGGCGUCAAGGCCUACGACGACGAGCAGCUUGGCCUCCUUGCAUCGCGGUACUCGGUCCUUGCGCGGCGAGAUGCAGUGGGCGACGCGGACCUCAGCUCCGCCAUCGAGCUCGGAACAUACGCCCUCAAGGGCAUGGCGGCGUAUGCAGACCAUGCGGCCAAGCUUGGUGUCACCGAUGACUCUGUCCAUGCGUUUAUCCACUCGGCGCUGGCCAAGAUCGCCCGGGUCGAGUCGGGCGCCGAGUCGGCGACCAUGGCCGACAUGCUGCAGCACGUCCUUGACAUCGGCGGCAAGAACGUCGAGGUCAUGGCCAUGCUCGACUCUGCGCAUCGGACUGCAUUUGGUACCCCCACGCCGCGCAGCGUGACCACAACGCCCAAGGAGGGCAAGGCCAUCUUGGUCUCCGGCCACGACCUCGCCGAUCUCCAAGCGCUGCUCGAGCAGACAAAGGACACCGGCAUCCGGGUCUACACCCACGGCGAGAUGCUGCCGGCCCAUGGCUAUCCGGAGCUUGCCAAGUACCGCCACCUCGCAGGCCACUACGGAACGGCGUGGCAGCUGCAGCAGCUCGAGUUUAACCUGUUCCCGGGUGCCAUUGUGGUGACGACAAACUGCCUCAUGCCGCCGCGGCGCAAGUAUGCCAACCGGCUGUUCACCACCAACGCCGUCGGCUUUGACGGCAUCCAGCACGUGCCAUCCACCGACUUUACCCCACGGCUUAUCGCCCCGGCCCCGGCCAUGAACGUCGGCUAUGGCCACUCGGCCAUCGUUGCCCUCGCCGGCACCAUCAAGGACCUGGUCGAGGCCGGCCAGAUCUCGCGGUUCUUUGUCAUCGGCGGCUGCGACGGCUCAGAGUCCGAGCGCUCGUACUUUACCAAGCUUGCCAAGCUCACACCCGCUGACUCGGUCAUCCUCACCGCCGGCUGCGGCAAGUACCGGCUCAACACGCUUCCGCUUGGCGAGCUGAGCGAGACCGGCCUGCCGCGGGUCCUGGACCUCGGGCAGUGUAACGAUUCGUACGGCGCAGUCGUCGUCGCCAACACCCUUAAGGACGCCUUUGGCCUUGACUCCAUCAACGACCUCCCGCUCUCGAUCAGCCUCUCCUGGCUCGAGCAAAAGGCCGUUGCGGUCCUCGCCUCGCUCCUCCACCUCGGGAUCCGCAACAUCCGCAUCGGUCCCUCGCUGCCGGCCUUUGUCACGCCGGCCGUCCUUGACGUCCUCGUCUCCGACUUUGGACUCAAGCCCAUCGGCAAGCCCGAAGACGAUAUCGCCGCCAUGAUGCGCGGGGAGUAG